UGUAUGCAUCAUCAUCAUCGUGUUCACUUUUAUUUUGCAAUUUAUUUCAAUAUAAUUAAGCCAUAUUAUUGCGGGGCAAACACAUUUUUUGCGAGGAGUGUGUGUUAGAAUGGUUGGUUCAUGCUUAUAUUCCUUAUUUAGAUAUUCUGUUGUUUUUUAGCGUUAAUUUAUAGCCUUUUUUUGUUAGUUUUGUUAAUAGUUGCUUUAAUAGUUGCUGAUCUAGUUAUUUGUGUUAGGGAAAUUAUCCUGGUCAUUUUGACGCUGAAUGCUCCCAUUUUAGUAUCUUUAUGCUUAUUAUACUAUUGCUUAUUUGCUAUUGCUAUUAGACUACUUCUUAUGGUGCUGAUUUCUUAUCUAUGGUGUUCAUAUAUUAAGUGCACAACUAUGUUUCUGCUGCCAUUAUGGUUUUACACUUCUCUUAACCAAUUUUUUGUCCAAUUCAUGCUAAGUCAUGCUGUUUGGUUGCUACUAUACUUACUGUGACACUGGACUAAUUUGUCAUGAUUCUCUUGAUGUCAUUCAUGCUACUCUAGUCCUAAAUUGCUAUUUGAUUUUUACAGACCCUUUUCUUGUGUGUCACUCUUUCUGAGCUGCUCGUGUUGUUAGAUAUUCUGUUGUUUUUUAGCGUUAAUUUAUAGCCUUUUUUUGGUAGUUUUGUUAAUAGUUGCUUUAAUAGUUGCUGAUCUAGUUAUCUGUGUUAAGGAAAUUAUCCUGGUCAUUUUGACGCUGAAUGCUCCCAUUUUCUGGUCUUUAUGCUUAUUAUACUAUUGCUUAUUUGCUAUUGCUAUUGGACUACUUCUUAUGGUGCUGAUUUCUUAUCUAUGGUGUUCAUAUAUUAAGUGCACAACUAUGUUUCUGCUGCCAUUAUGGUUUUACACUUCUCUUAACCAAUUUUUUGUGCAAUUCAUGCUAAGUCAUGCUGUUUGGUUGCUACUAUACUUACUGUGACACUGGACUAAUUGGUCAUGAUUCUCUUGAUGUCAUUCAUGCUACUCUAGUCCUAAAUUGCUAUUUGAUUUUUUCAGACCCUUUUCUUGUGUGUCACUCUUUCUGAGCUGCUCGUGUUGUUAUUAUUUUUUUAUGUUCUUUUUCGCUGAACCAAUUAUUUGUACCUCUAUGGUAGACGACAAGAUAGAGAAACUAUACUCAAAUAUUUUGCAUAAACAUACCUACGAAAUUUAUGUCUACAAUUUCAAGAUUUUAUUCUCUAUCCAUUAGGACUGUUUAGUUAUAUUUAUUUUUUAUUAUUUUUUACAUCUAACUUUCAGUCCUAUUUUCUUUUUCUUUUUUUAAGGAAGCUUUUAUUUUCUUUUCACUUUUUGGACUUGGAACCAGCAAUUCUUUCACCCAGUAAUUAUUUAGAAAGCACAGAAUUUUGCAAUGAGGAAAUUGGAGAGCAGAGACUUCUUUCUCAUUACCAGAAGCCAUUGGUUCGCAGAGAAGAUGAUAACUGAGUCUCCAUUCUCUUCCUUGGACCACGCAACGUCCUUUGCAAGACAGUUGUGGUUUAAAGAGUCCCGCAUACAAUCAUGGUUGGAUGCCUUCUCUGGACAAAGUCACCUCUAUCGAGCCAUAGCUCAUGCGCCAGGACCAAUGAUGAGGGAAAUGCUUCAUUGGGAUCGAAAGUACCGGGCUAAAUUUGGGUUUGAGUUUGUAACAAGUACGGAGACGUGGUUCUCACAGAAGAUACUCGACGAGGUGAAGGCACGAUAUGAAAAUACUCUUGUUGUUGAACUGGAUAUUGCAGCACAAGAGGAAUUCAAAAACAUAGAACACGGACUUGAACGUCUAUGGGAACGGUUAACAUUUUCCCAGAUUCAGGAAGCAUCUGAAGCUGCUGGAGAGGUGGUUCCGGAUUCAGAGGAGAAAGAGGACAUUGUCCCCUCCGGUGGCUCUGAAGAGGCUGAUUCUGCUACUCAAAAUGUUUCGAUGCUGUCGUAUGACCUCAAUAAAACGCCGAAAGAGAAUGAUUAUCCUUAUAGUGAAAUGUCACCUGAGGAGAAAAAGGCCUGGCACCUAGCUAUGUGGGCGACUAGAUACUUGAACCCUUGAGGAUUUUGCAGUAGUUUAAUUGAAGAAUUAGGAUGUUGAUUUAUAGGAUGUCCAAGACUUGUUUUUUGAAGUUGUCGUGACUUUAUAAUUCAGUAGAUUGUUAUUAGGGAUCGUUACUAUGCGGCAUUGAAGGUCCUUGGUCUACUGCUUUA